CGAUCCGGAAGUGGAAGAGGGGGCGCGACCCGGAAGUGUAUGGUGCGAGGGUCAAUAUGCCGCUACCCGUCCAAGUCUUCAAUUUGCAGCAGCCGGCAAGCUCUGUGUCAGGGCGAGGGGGUACAGAGAGUCAGGACAGGAUGAGGGAUAGUUCAGUUCCGAGCUCAGCUUCCUCGUCAGUGACAGAUCUAUACAACACCCCCCGCAGCAGUAGGUCAGAACUCUUCCUCCCAGGUACAUCUGGAGACUUCAGCCUAAGUGCCUGCUUAUCAGCCUGCACCCUGCUCUAUGAGGGUGCGGUGGAGCCCAUGCAGAUUGAUGUAGACCCACAAGAAGAUCAGCAAAAUGCACCUGAUAUCAACUAUGUGGUGGAGAACCCGACUCUGGAUCUGGAGCAGUAUGCAGCAAGUUACAGCGGCUUGAUGAGGAUCGAGCGGCUGCAGUUCAUUGCAGACCACUGCCCGCAACUGCGAGUAGAAUCCCUCAAGAUGGCCCUCUCCUUUGUCCAAAGAACAUUCAAUGUUGAUGUUUAUGAAGAAAUUCACCGGAAGUUGACUGAAGCCACCAGAGAGCUACAAAACACACCUGAUGCUGUCCCAGAUGGAGGAAUAGAGCCCCCUCCUCUAGACACGGCGUGGGUUGAAGCUACACGCAAAAAAGCUCUUCUUAAGCUGGAGAAGCUAGACACGGAUUUAAAGAACUAUAAAGGGAACUCAAUCAAGGAAAGCAUCAGGAGAGGCCAUGAUGACUUAGGAGAUCACUACCUUGACUGCGGGGACCUCAGCAAUGCCCUCAAAUGUUAUUCGCGAGCCCGCGAUUACUGCACCAGCGCAAAGCACGUUAUCAACAUGUGCCUCAAUGUUAUCAAGGUCAGUGUUUACCUCCAGAACUGGUCCCACGUCCUGAGCUAUGUGAGCAAAGCCGAGUCCACGCCAGAAAUUGCAGAGCAAAGAGGAGAACGUGACAGCCAGACACAGGCAAUCCUCACCAAAUUGAAGUGUGCCGCAGGCUUGGCGGAACUUGCUGCCCGGAAAUACAAGCAAGCAGCAAAGUGCUUCCUGUUGGCCUCAUUUGAUCACUGUGAUUUCCCUGAGCUGCUGUCCCCUAGCAAUGUGGCCGUGUAUGGUGGCCUCUGUGCAUUAGCCACCUUUGACCGCCAGGAAUUGCAGCGUAAUGUCAUCUCCAGCAGCUCCUUCAAACUCUUCUUAGAGCUGGAGCCACAGGUGCGUGACAUCAUCUUCAAGUUCUACGAAUCCAAAUACGCCUCAUGUCUCAAGAUGCUGGAUGAGAUGAAGGAUAAUCUGCUGCUGGAUAUGUACCUGGCACCUCACGUGAGAACACUUUAUACACAGAUUCGAAACCGCGCCCUCAUCCAGUAUUUCAGCCCCUAUGUGUCAGCAGACAUGCGGAAGAUGGCCACUGCCUUCAACACCACGGUGGCAGCUUUGGAGGACGAGCUCACUCAGCUGAUCCUAGAAGGAUUGAUUAAUGCCAGAAUAGACUCUCAUAGCAAAAUUUUAUAUGCACGGGAUGUUGAUCAGCGUAGUACUACCUUUGAGAAGUCCUUGCUGAUGGGGAAGGAGUUCCAGCGUCGCGCCAAAGCUAUGAUCCUGCGAGCAGCUGUCCUGCGCAACCAGAUCCAUGUGAAGUCUCCUCCGAGAGAAGGAAGCCAAGGUGAACUCACUCCAGCAAACAGCCAGUCCCGGAUGAGCACCAAUAUGUGAAGCUCUCUGAAUCUCCAAGAGACUCUUCCUUCCCCCGCACACCCAGGGCUAUGUGUAUCCAGCGUCCCAAGCCACCAACUGUUCCUUGGUGCCUUUUUGGACUCUCUAGGUGUGGGAGGGGCAGGACUGUCAGGGGAGUCUGCCUUUAGAGUCUGAUAAUUCCUCUUAGAACAGAAACUUCCAUUAGAUGCAGCACGUCGAAAAUACGCGAGCAUGCAAGAGUGCCGGGGUGCAUCUUGUCCUUCCCCCAGGGUAUUUCACAAACAGGGGCUUAUCUUAAGCUGCCAACAGAGCUUUCUGGGGUUUCCUUCCCGUAAAUUAUAUGUAGCCUGAAUCUGGAGGAACAAGUGCGUUCCCAUAGAACUUCAUUCACACAGACAAGUUGCCUCAGACCUGGAGAGUCCCCCUCAGGCAACAUCCAGCAGGAAACCUAGCAUCAGUUCCAUUCCCUCACUCUCCAAGGCUUCUGUUUGCAUUUACCCUGGGUCGGCUCCAUUUCAAUCUGUUCUUCCCGUUUUAAAAAGUGUGCACUCUGGCUUGUUCUCACACCCCUGGCCUGGUUUUGACUGUGGUUUUCAAUGUUCGUCACCCAAUUUUACUGCUGUAGUGUAUGGUGGCUUUCUAGCCUUUUGGGUCGCUAAUAGAGAGAGUAAAAUGACAUUAAAGUACAUCCAUCUGCGUCUAGGCAGGAACCUGCUUGCCCGGGUGUCUGCACUCCUGGCACCACUUUUUAUUUAUCCCUUACAGAAAAGGGUUGUGGGUCACAGGCCAGACUCGGGACUGUGUUCUCUUAAUGAGCAUUGUUUAAAUGUUUGAAUAUUCCACAGUGACUUCCGUUUGGGGUUCAUUCGUUGGUGUUUAUCCCAAGGACAAAAGUUACAAAUUUGAACCUAGCCCUUGACAACUCAACUUUCUACAGACACUGUUAAUGCUGUUUAGUUUAAAUCAAAGUUCUCUCCUAUGCAUUAAAAAGCAUAAUUGUAAAGAUAA